AUGCUGGUAGUUGUAUUCAGACUACGCAAUAAGGGGAACCGGCUAUUACUCAAAAAACUACUUCUGUGCGAUGCAGGAUCAGAUCCAAUGCCUUUACUUCGCCCAAGUCCAAGCAUCGAUUCACGUUACUAUUCUACAUCGCCAUGCUCUGAUGAAUGUGGACAGAAUCGAAAGCACAGAAGAAAACCCAUCCCCGUAACAGAACAUAUUUUUGUAAUCUCUCCCAACUGUAAUCAUGACCACCCCUCGGUACAUAGCGCUAGAAAACUCAUGGCUGGUUAUCUCAAGGAAAUAGGUAUGAAAUUAAAACUGUAUAAGCGUUAUUAAUUACAAUAUUAUAUAUUCCGCAGUAAUAUCGUUGAACUGGUUUAAAAUGUUAGGUUCGUAGUGAUAUGGCUUGAAAUCUGGUUAAUUUAAUAAGAACUAGUACUAUUUGUUGAGAGUUGACGUUCAUCAAUUGACUAAGUAUAGCCACUAGGCCAGGCACAGUCUAGCAAGGUUAGGCAUGUUCUAUAUAUGCAGCCUUAUACAUGUGAGUCAAUUGAGCUGAUUUGUAGUAUAUUCCGCAUUGAUAUAGCUAAAAUUUGGUUUAAGAUAUUAGGUUUAUAAAUAACUCAGUAGGUUGGACACGGUCUAUAUACAGCCUUAUGCAAGUUACUGAGCUAUUUGUAGUAUAUUCCGCAUAGUGAUAUGGCUAAAUUUUGGUUUAAGUAAUAUUUCUGUUGCAGGUUCAAUAUUCGGUUUAUUAACUCAGUAUGUCACGGGCACGGUCUGGCACGGCUAGGCACGGUCUAGGCACGUACUGAGUUAUUUAACCCAUUCAACACAGGAAUUUCUCAAUAAGGCCAAGUUUUUCAAAAUUUCAAUGGCAUGGGGAAAUAAUUGUAACAAUAUUUUAGGGAAAAAGAAAUUAAGCUAAUUGUAAAAAUUAUAUAGGUUAUGACGUGAAAAUUAUGCAUCAAUGGACGGAUGGAUGCUCGACGCAGUACAAAAGCCGUCACUGUAUGGGCGACGUUUCCCAAUCAUCUUCAGAUUUUGGCUACGUAACCAUCUGUAACUACUUUCAAACUUCACAUGCAAAAGGUCCUCAAGACGGUGCCGGAGCUAACCUUAAACACAAAGCUGACAUGGCUGUCAUUAAACGGCAGGUAAUGACUCACUCAUGAUCUUAGCUAUUCUUCAUCCAUUUCGCAGAUAAUUUAAAUGGUAGUAGCCUAACUCUGAAAUCCCUGGUCUUGAUUGGCUAACUUUCGCGGCAUAUAUAUAUAUAUAUAUAUAUAUAUAUAUAUAUAUAUAUAUAUAUAUAUAUAUAUAUAUAUAUAUAUAUAUAUAUAUAUAUAUAUAUAAUUAACUCUACAGUAACUCAUACAACCAGACCCUGUCUAUAAAUUGCCUACUAUACUGUUUUCAUUAGCACUAUAUAAAAGUCACAACUAUAUACAGAGUGUAUAAAAAAAAUGGAGUCCAACUUUUGUGCUUAAUAACUUUUGGACUGCUACUUCUAAUAAAACGGUUUUAGGCUUAUUUUAAAGCCUGUUCAUUUAUCUUUCGACCAAAUGGUCAUCUGUGUCUUUAGUGCAAGUAAUAAAUGCACAGGAGAAAAUUUAGUAAAACCUAUUAUGUUUAGAUGCCGCUUAAUUAUACAAAUUUACUGUGUUAUUCCAUAGUUGGUUGCAAUGUUUGAAUUUUUUUGUUCAAACUUUAAUGUUCUUGUUGCCACAUCAGAAAAGCUAGUAAGAACUUGUUAAAAACAUUCUAAAAGAGAUUAGGUUGUUUUAUUUAUUUCAAAAUCCUAUAUUAUUUCCAGAAAUCAUCAAAACAACCUUACGUCCAUGCAUUGUCCGAACGAGCACCAUCGAAUCGGGCGGUAAUGUAAAUUUAAAUUAGCAAGUUGACAGCAAGCUAAAACAUGCUUCAGCCGGUAUUAUAACGCAUUUGAAGUCAGCAAGUUAAUUUAAAAUAGUGUAUUGGAAGCCAUUAUUACUUGAUUUUUACAAGCAAUUGCCAAAAUGCCUCAAUUUGCUCGUUUUGUUGACAAAAUAAGUUAUUUUCAUCAAGUACCGGUUUGUUAUUGCAUCUCAAAUUUUUGACUCUCCAAUCGCAAUCACUUAAAAUAUUAUUAUUCACGAACUUCUGGAUUAUAUUUACGAAAAAACCUACCGUUGAAAAGCUGAAUGUCUACGCUUUAAAAUAAAUGUAAACCUGAACGUUUUGCUUUAAUAUUUGUUUCAAAAUUUAUAUUUGAAGCGAGGACUCCGUUUUUUAUAAUACACCCUGUACUGGCAAGAGCAAUUUGUGCACAGUCUCAGAGCCAUGUUAUGCAAAAUUUACGCCCUGUGCCAGAAAUUGCAUUGCAAGUUGCCUUGUGUAAGAUGGCCUUAAACUAUUUAACUCUUAACAAAACCAUAUUUUUUUCUUUCAUGUAGGUUGUCAUUCGAAAUGCGAAAGAAUUGUACGAGUUCGCUGAGAGUACAGUGAAAGAUCCAGCGCCCUCGCGAUACCAGUCUGAGAGUGUUAACUCUUUCUCAGCCGGUACCAUUACGCGUAGAACGUGCAGGAUCUAUGGAUGUUUUCGUUGAUAUCUUCGAUUCAAUAAACGCUAUGUCGUUGAAAAUACCAUUCGAUUCAGUGUAAAAAUAUGUACUUAUUCAUAACAAUAGUUUCAGUCAAUGGCAACAUUAUAGCGAUUUAUGAGCUUUGAAAGUCAAGCAAGCUCGUAUAUGAUCAAAUUAUGCAAUAUUACUAACAAAUUAUAAACAUAAACAUACCUUUCGCCGAACAUAACUUAGGCCCUUUGAGAUGUAUGCUCAUUGUGACACUUUUGUUCGAUUAACCAUUCAAAAUGCUGUAUACUGUCUUAUUUUCAAAGUUCUAUCUGUAAAUUCUAGCCAUGUAUUACCAGAUUUACAUUUCUGGUCCGAGUUUGAUUUUAUCCAAACCGGAAAUAUGACUUAAAAGUGUUGAAACAAUGCAAUGUUUGUAUCGUAUGACCAUGGAAAGGUCAGAAAUGGAUUCUACAGGUCAAAUUGCACCUAUACGCGCGAGUUUCACGUCAUCCCGGCUAAAGGAGUGUGCGAGUAAAACCCGAUAUCCUUGAAAAAUUCAAAAUAAAUAUUUCUAUUCGCUGUAUUCAUACGAAACGUUCUACACGAAAGCACUUGAAUACUAAGAAUCUUUUACUCAUAUAGGCUUUUAGAAAAUGACAAAUAGUUUAGAAAAUAUUCAACUUUUUCUCGAUAUAUCGAACAGAAUGUUUGUUCAAGCGGUGAGUGUAAAUAUAUGAUUGUUUUGGUUUGUGUAAUGUUAUGACGGCACUUGACCCCCCGUUUGAAAGGUUAUUUCGAGAGGAUUUCAAUGGUGCGUUUUGUUUUAAAGGGGGGUAAAUACUCGCCGAGAUAUUUACAUUAGAAACAUUGACUCGUAAUGUAAUGCGAAACCUGCUGUCGGCAAGGGCAGCUGAGUAAGAGUUAAAGUGAAACGGCGUAUAUUUUUCUAUGACGAUGAAAUACUCCGCAACCGGAGAGAUAGAUAUUUCAAAGAAAUCAAGGGGAAGAUCUAUCCAUGCAGUCGUGUCAACGGACGGCGGUUGCAGUUUAAGUUAGAGGUUUCUGUCAUGUUACUGCGACGCAUGUUUAGAUUGGUCCUACGAAUCAUGUGAAAAUUCUGCGUAUGUUGAUGACUGGGAAGAGCAAGAACUGGAAUGAGAGGGUGGUCGUCAACCCACUGUCGUUACCAGAGGGGACGUUUCUACGACACUAGAAGCAAUAAAACACCUAGCAACGAAAGAUGCAAUUGUCGCUAUUGCUUCUGCUGACAGAGGAGAGGAGUAUUAUUUACUUCAAAUAAUUGGAGACAGCCCAGAGGUGCUAUCGACUGAGGAAAGAGAUGAUUGGGGAGCUACAUACCCACCAGGAGCCGAGAUCAUUCGCGGAUAUUUCCUUGCCAGAAAGCGAGCUUCAAGUUCUCCCUAUUACGAACUAGUAAGAGAGAACAAAGCUGCAGUUUAUGCUGCAACCGUCAGGUAUAUUUGUCCCGAAUUGCGCGUAUCCAAUAUCCAAGCACAACCACUGUUAUACGAAAUUUCCGAAGUGCUACAUAUGGAUAUACUCGAGUCUUUGCAUGGAUUUUAAGCAAUUAUCAUUGUGUGCAUGACACAGCAUAUUUUAAUGCGCAGAAUUUUUGUAUGCUCGGGUCAAGUUGAUAAUUUUGUAUUAUUAUCUGUUCCACGUAAUAUAACAUAUUAUAAUAACAAUACAAUAUAAUAUUGUAAUAUUAUUAUAAUAUCUGCCUUUCGUACCUAUACUGUUUGCGCAUAUCAAAUUUCAUAUCUUGACUUUGAAGAGAGUGUGGUGAGAAAUCUUUUAUACGUAUGUGCAUAUGCGGCACAAUAAUAUAUUUUCCACUCUGAGUGAGCAUGAAAUUGCACUUUCUUGAGCAAGUCACAUAACUUACAUGCCACGUGUUUAUAAUGGAAAUAUGUUGAAAAAUAUCAUUAUUAGAGCAUUAUUUCUUUCACAUAAAUGCGGAAUAAAUACACAUAUGGCGCACACAAGUACAUUACGCAGCCUGUUAUAUUGCCAGGUCAAACACAUGCACGCUAAAUAUGUGACAAAUUCCACUAAAUAAAUAUUAUGUGACAAAUUCCACCAUAGACAGCAUUGAUUACCCAAUGCAAUGGGUAAACUAGUAUUUUGUAGUCACUAUUGUGCAUAUUAUGCAGUAUAUGCUGUUUUCCCAAUGCUGGUGUCUGGUGACUGUUCAUUACUUUAGAUCUAAAGGUACAGACACACCGGUUGCGAUUCGAUAAGGCGACACGAUUUUUCGAUUUUCACUGACCGAUAACUUUGAUCCUAGCUUAAAUUUUCUAAAUAUUUAGAAGCGUUAUAACAUUAACUAUUAUUAUUAUUAUUAUUGGUCUACAUAUCUUUUAAAAUUUGCUCUCAUUGGCUGUUUUAUUAACUUUCAAAAACUAAAAAAUCGUGUGGCGUUGUCGAAUCAUGUCCGGUUUAGUACAGCAUUCCUAUUUGGCAGCGAACAGUUGUAAAUAAUUAUAGCUUCACACCUUAAUUUCAUGCUAAUCCCGGUUAAUUAUCUCUUGACAGCAAUUUUAAUAGCUUUUACGCUAUAGGCUAUGUUUUAUAUAUGUGAAAACUGUGGUUGCCGUGGUGUUAGAACUCAGGUGAAUUAUUACAGGUUACGCUACUCGAGAGGAACCACAUCCGCGCUGUGGGAAUCGAACUAUAGAAAACCAAAGGUCGCUGGUUUGAUUCCGACCAUGAUUAUCAGGGCAAGCAUUUUCAGCUAAUUGCAUGUGGUGCUUCCCACAGAGUAGCGUCACCUGUAAUAAGAUGUUAGUAAGGUUCAAAAACGAAAACGUUUUAGUAAUUAUGAAAUUUUAUUAAUGACAUGGCACAACAAAAUGCUAAAACUCGUGUAUACAAUAUAGAGCGAUAAGAACUCAUAAAAUUGUCAUAAAAUGUAGUCACGGAGUCACAGUAUCGAUCCCAUUAGAUUGUAAACAGGCAAGGACUGAUUUAUAAUAGCAAUUACCCGAAACAUAGCGUUUAGCCAGCCCGACGAUUUAGUCCCGCUAUGCAAAUAUUUUCAUGUUUAUUGACUGUGAAAACAAUCAAUUUCUAAAGAAAUGAAUGAUAAUUUUGAAUGGACUAAAUUGUCGGGCUGGCUACGCCACUGAAACAUGUUAUUCAGGGUCUUUUGCAGAACAGCACUUUCUCAUGUGAUUGUUCAUUGCCUUUAUAGCAUGACCCCAUGACUCGUUCGAAUAAAAAUGUUCGUAGCCUUUUUUAAUUUUCAUUAAGGUAUUUGUAUUUAAUCCUUUUGAUUUGAGCCCCACUCCAUACACAGUACAGUUUAUGUGCUCUUCACACGUUGUGUACUCCUUUAAUAACAACACUGCAAAAUAAGCAUCUGUUGUCCCUCUUUUUUUCUUUAAGUUCAGAGCAUUGAGCAUUGUUCAUGUGAGUUCUCUUCCGUGGACAUGAGCGUUUUCAGCGCCAUAGUGUUGGGAUUCGUCAGGUGGGUUAGUUAAAUUAAUCCGAUUCUGCUCAGCUGCUUCAGGGACAGACAAUCUGGUACUGGGACGAUUCAAGAAGCCGUUGUUUUGCAGGCAAUCAAUGAUCAGUCAUUGAUUUGCCAACACCGCGUCAACUUUUUGAAAAAUGCCAUCCAUUUUCUUGUUUAUUUGGUUCAAUAUUAGUGGGUGUUCUGCGUGACCAGGCAAAAUAUUUUCGAAAUUAUUUGGGCUGCGAGAAUGUGGGAAAUUAAUUUCUUCCAAAAAUCCGGCUGGUAAACCCGACUGCACAGAAGUAGAAACCCAGGGCUCUGAUUGCCCAACCGAAUCAAAGGAGAGAUUAUUAAGGGAAGAACUAUUCCAAGACAAAGAAAAUGCAUUCGAGUUUGUAGAUUCUGGACUGAAGGACGGCGCAUGUAACUCGCUUAAGAAUGUGGAAUAUGGAAUAUUAUUAUCAGAU